GCCAACAGCGGUGUGGCUUCCCACCAACGCGGUCUGCUUCAAUACAGCAAUCGCGUGUGUGCAGUAGCCUUACUCCACAUAGAAAACGAUCGAAAUGGAACUAUACUGGCUUUUGUACGGAGUAGUUUGAACAGUACUUCCUUGAGGACUACAAUGUCCCAAAAAAGGGAUACGAACUCUUGCCCAGAUGGGUAUUACAGGAUUCUUAACACCUCUGAACUGCGCGAGCUUCUUCAAGAUGAGGAAAAAAUGGAUCAGAUCGUUCGACUCAAUGAAAAGUUUCAGGAGCUGCAGGUGGACAGAGAGGGGCUGUUGACGUCCAACCGCAGCCUGGCCGAAGAGAGCCUGGCACGCAGGCCUCACCUCCAGAACGGCAAACUUCAGUUGGCUGCUAAGUACGAGGAGCUGGCGAGACUGACUACUGCCUGCAGGGAAAAACAAAGCCGACUCGAGGCCUACACAGAGAAGCACAGUCCCAAGACGGCUCAGAAUCUUCUGCUAGAGGAAGUUGGGCGUGCUGAGGAGGAAUCAGAGGAUUUGCUUGAGCGGUUUAUGGAGGGCCGAGUGUCUCUGGAGGGAUUCCUAGAGUCUUUCCAAAGCUCCAGGAAGGUUUACCACAUCCGCCGCGCACAGGCCGAGAAAAUCCAGGAGUUCAACCGCCCGGAGCAGAAGCUCAAGCCAGCGGACGAGGGGCCGAAGAGAGGGGGGGAGCUCGGCCCGGAGCCUCCGCGGCCCAACGGCGUCACGGCCCCCGCCGCCGCCGCCCAGGUCCAGCCGCGCGUCUUCCAGCUGCGCUACGGCCUCCUGGUGCCGCACUUCCCCCUGGGCGUCUCGUCGGCCCCCGCCCACGCCAUCAGCCUACCUCCCGUGGACUCGCGGUCGGGGCUGGUGCAGGGACAGGCCCAGGCGUCAGGGCCCGCUGCUCCACACCCGUGCCCCGGGAAGGCCGUGGGUCUGCGGGUAAUCGGACAGAUCCCCGGCUGGCCCACGCCCAACCGGCCGGUGCGGCUGCAGCAGCUCUACCGGCCGAGCCCUCACCAGCCGGAGCCGCCGUACCGGUAACAGUGUGAGAUUUUGGCGCGUGCCAUUCCCGGGUCUGGAGCGAACAAAGGGGCCAUCAGCCAUAUUCAUGAUUCCACUCAGAGACUGCCUUUGAGGUGUGCUUGAGUCGAUGUUCAGAAGAGCUGAUCACCACUGUGUUUUUUUUUUUUUUUUUUCUUUUUGGAUGUUUUUGUUGAUGUUGUUCAAAGAUGUUCUGGAAAAGGGAUUUGUUUCGGGGAAAAGCCAUGAGAUGAGUUAAUUGUUGCGUGUGCGCAAGACGUCAUGAAAGAGGUGGACAUUUUCUAACGUUUCUACUUUCAUGUUGUGCUGACAAGCUCUUUCUCAGGACAUAAUGGACUUAUGAAGUGAGACAGUUUUUGCCUUGGGUCGUCAAUAGUCGCAGGACAGUCCCAUAUCCCACUGACGCGUCUGAGAGUGACCAUUGCUUGUGAUGUGGAGCCUUCUUGAUAUGGUGGUGGUCAACAAUAAAGUCCAUUUCAAUGUGUUUAUAAUAAA